AUGAGUAUAACGUGCAAAUGGGGGAAAGAGCGUCUACAUCUGACGCUCCCUAACGAUCCUGAUGUGCCGCUGAAGGUGCUGCGGGAGGCGAUCGCCGAACACACGGGUCUGGAGCCAAAUCGCUUCAAAAUGAUCCACUCAGGUGCUGUCAUGAAGGAUGAUUCAGUGUCUCUUUCAACGUACCGCAUAAAGCCCAAUUCCACCAUAGCUAUCAUCGGAACAAAUGAUCCUCCAACAGGUCCCUCAGUUUUUGGCUCGGGGAUGACACCUUCACAGGCGCCCGCACCCGCCACUGAACGGUCCACUUUAAAUACAAUACUGUCGGAGCUCGAAAAUGUUCGAACAACACUCAAGCCCUCAGUGGAUGCGUUCAUUGUAUCACUAGAUCCCUCUUCACCUUCCCCAUCUAUUCCUGCCGCUACACUGCACCUCAACCACAACGAUCCAAAGCAGACACACCGCGUACUGGGGGAGCUCCUACUGCAGAGUCUCUUACGACUCGAUGCAAUCACACCAGAGAGUGGCUGGUCUGAAGUCCGCUCCGCUCGAAAAGGGGCAGUAAACGAGGUUCAAGGAUUACUCGAUAGACUAGACGAAGGAUGGAGGGCUUCUCCUCAUUCAUAA